UACCUGCAGUCUUUGUAAACCUGUGAAGUUCUCUCAGUUCCCAUUCUGAAUGCUUCAGGAGGAGCACGCGGAUAAUUGUUUAAGCUAUAAAGCAUUAGUUGAGCAGGCAGUUUGAGUCUGUGGCUUCCUUCAGCAGCGGGGUGUUGUCCUCCUGACCACACACUGCCAUGAGAAGGAAGACUUCAUCUCCACAGCCAUUACGCGUCUCUGACUGACUGACUGACUGACUGACAGAGAUGUCCGUGUCAAAAGAGACACAGCUUAAGGGGAGAUGCUCGACACUCUUCUGGCGUUUGUUUCCUCAUGUUUUCCUAAUUUUAUCACUCGUUUUAUACGCGGUUUUAGGAGCGCUUGUCUUCAGAGCGAUUGAGUACAAGAAUCCUCGAAAUGAGUCGGAGGAGAUCCUGUCCAUAGUGCAAAAAGUGAUGGAGAUCGUGCAGAAUCACACAGAUACCUCAGAGCAGCAGCACUUAAUCAAUAAAACAAAAGUCAUUUUGGACGAUUACUGUUAUAAGAAGGAACGUGAUCACGAAUGGACCUUCUUUGCUUCACUUUUCUUCUGCUGUACAGUGUUCACGACUGUAGGUUAUGGACGAAUUUAUCCAUUGACCAGUGAAGGGAAAGUGGCAUGUGUCCUGUAUGCGAUGGCUGGCAUUCCUCUGAUGCUGCUGGUCAUCUCAGAUGUGGGCGAUCUCUUAGCUGUUCUCCUCUCCAAAGCAUACACUCGCCUCAACCUGUUCUUCAGGCGAUGGAUAGGACAUCGCUCAUGGAGACUUCAGAGCCACGAAAAGACAUCAGCUCUCCAACAAGUGCAAGCUGAUACUGAUGGCACCUAUAAGUUCAAUCAGGAUGUCGUGGUGCUUGAGACAACAAACAUUCAACAGGUCAUACAAACUAGGUCUUCCAUCAGGCGUGGGUCGUUUCAGCUCCGUAACAACAAAGAGAUCUUUGACCGCAUUAUUGUAAGGGAGAGCUUCAGGAUGAAAGGAACUCUCACAAAAUCCUGUUCAUGCCCAGAACUGGACCGUAUGCCAACUCCAAAAGAUGAGUUAUUCAAUGACAUCGGACAGGAGAUGGAGCACUUAGACGUCCCUCUGCUGGUCAUCUUGCUGAUGGUGUUUGCCUACAUGGUGAUCUGCAGUCAGAUUCUGAAAUGCUGGGAGAAGCAGAUGGACCAUUCUGAUGCCUUUUAUUUCACCUUCAUCACCUUAACCACCAUUGGCUUUGGCGACAUUGUGCCUGAACACCCGAAAUUCUUCAUGGUUACCUUUUUGUUCAUCAUCACAGGAAUGGCCAUUAUGAGUAUGGCCUUCAAACUUGGCCAAUCGCAAAUUGUUCACUUUUACAGGCGGUGCAUAAAGAGUCUUAGCAUGGGCAAGGUAAGAAUACACAAUGACUUAAACAACAACUGAAGGCAAUGGGUUUCUGUGGCUUUGCUAAUGGCACAACAGGAAAGCAUAUAGCUACUCCGAAUAUAAGAUGGUAAUGGGCUUUAAUUUAUAUUACAGCCAGUCUGAUAUUGUGGGUUGAAAGGGAAUGAGCCACGGUACUGUUGCAGUAAACAAAUACAGGAGAGAAACAGGCUCAGAUUGAAGUAUGUUAACUAUUUGAGCCACGAGAUUUGAGCUCAGUUGUUUUAUUAGGAAAAUUGCAUGACACACUGUUUAUUUUUGUUUAGAUGUAUGCACUAGCAAUGCAAUGUAAUUAACAAACCCAUUUAUUCAUGCAGAUGCAAUACAUGUACUGUAACUUGUGUAAGUCUGACAAGAAUAUCAUGAUAUUAGUCAGUGUUUUUGCUUUUUCAUUCAAUGCCAAACAAUAGUGUAAAUAUGAUUUGCCUUUUUAAACAAUGCAUCAUCUUUUUCUUGAUAGCAUUAAUGUUAUGAAUGUUAUUUAAGUUGGAGUGUGUCUGUUAAGUUAAUUGAUCCAUUAAUAAAAAAGCUAGCAUGUAAAUGAAUUGACCGACCACCUGUGAUAUCUUGGCUGUGAAAUUGUAUAUAAACUAA